GGUCGGACGCGGCUUGUCAGUUUCUCAACGGACGCGAACCGCGGCUGACCUAAAACUUUGGCGCUCGUACGCGCGCUCUCCGCCAGUGCAGUGUACACUACCCCCCAUACACAUACACACACAAAAAACGUGUUUGCUUACAGAGAAGGAGCGACAACCACGCGGUGUACUGUGUAAGUGGUCCCCUGGACGUACUCUAGGGAAGGAAGCACAUAGUGGUUGGGUUGCUUUGAAGAGAGCUUUUCGUAGUCUUCAUAUUGCAGUGCCAGAAGCUUUCCCUGUUUACUACGUAUCGGCAGUGUAUCGGCAACGCAUACUAAGAUUUGCAAUCGCAUAGUGAAAGGAUGCAAGAGCACGUGUGCGAAAUGGUGGCGUCCUCGCUUGGAAGCCACCACACCGUGGAAACGAGGAAAUGUGCAAACGAAUAAUUUAACACGUGGGGAGGGGUGGCAUAUGGUGGAAGGAAAUUUCCACACAAACACGGUCGGCGUACGGCGUACGGAGUGUUUGUGUGGUGACUUUUAUUAUUCGAUUUGUUUCGUCGCUUGCUAACCCGAGUUCGUCGUCUGGCGUCAAGGUCUGAUAGAAAGGCAGCGAGAGUGAACCGAGGUGGCAAUAAACAGGCACCCCCCCCGUACAAUCAAUGUUGUGAAAAAAGUACCGUGCAAACACUGGAAGCUGCAGCUCGAUGGAGCCAACCGCAACGCCUCAACGAGCCAGUUGUGAGUAGUGAACGGAGGGAGGUGAUUCCAUCAGCUUGCUGAUCUACAAGUAAAUCAACAAAAGUCAACGACGCCUUCGCCAGCAGGCGAAGAUUAUAAGUGAUCGAGUGCAGUGUAUGUGUGUCGUGAUUCGUGAUCGUAGUAUUGGUCUGUGUGGCGUUUGUGCUCGUGAUUGUGCCAGUGCAGUGAACGGUGUCACGGUGCCAACCGCGGCACACACCGCGAUCCAUCCAAAAAGAUGGUGCAAUGCACUCUGAUCUGGGCCGGCAUCGGUGCGAUGAUGGCCGUAUCCGGCGCCCUGCUCGGCUGGGUCGUGUUCCCCCGCGCCGUGCACGAGAAAGUGAUUGAGGCCACAGAGCUACGGCAGGGCACGGAUCAAUACAAGCGCUGGGAGGCGUUGCCCCAGCCGCUAGACUUUAAGGUGUACAUAUUCAACGUCACCAACCCGUACGAGGUGAUGCAGGGCCGGCGCCCGAAAGUGGUCGAGGUGGGACCGUACGUUUACUUCCAAUACCGACAGAAGGAUAAUGUACGGUUUAGCAGGGAUCGUUCGAAGGUCCAUUUCAGCCAGCAGCAGAUGUACGUGUUCGAUGCAGAAUCGUCCUAUCCGCUGACGGAGAACGACGAACUGACGGUGUUGAAUAUGCACAUGAACUCGAUACUGCAAAUUGCCGAAGAUGAAACGUACGACAGCUUGCGGCUGAUCAAUGUCGAGCUGAACCGUAUCUUUGGCCGGCCGGACACGAUGUUCCUGCGGACGACGCCGAAACAGUUCCUGUUCGAUGGUGUGCCGUUCUGCGUGAACGUGAUCGGCAUUGCGAAGGCAAUCUGCAAGGAGAUCGAGAAGCGCAACACCAAAACGAUUCGCACCAUGCCAGACGGGAGCCUAAGGUUUUCCUUCUUCAGCCAUAAAAACAUGACGGACGAUGGCAUGUUCACGAUCAACACGGGCAUUAAGGAUCCGUCCAGGACGCAAAUGAUUGAGCUGUGGAACGGUCGAACGACGCUCGACGUGUGGAACAAUCGGAGCAGCGGGCUGUCCUCGUCCUGCAACAAGAUACACGGAACGGACGGUUCCGGUUAUCCACCGUUCCGGACCGGGGUGGAACGGAUGACAAUCUUUAGCACGGAUAUCUGCCGCACAGUAGACAUUAAACUGACCGGCUCGUCAUCGUACGAGGGCAUCCCAGCGCUACGGUACGAGAUUGACAAUAACUUCCUGCACGAAAUAGGACCCGAGUACGGUAACGACUGUUACUGCGUCAACAAGAUCCCGAAGUCGAUCGUUAAAAGCAACGGCUGCCUGUACAAGGGUGCACUGGACCUGUCCAACUGUUUCGAUGCACCGGUCGUUCUAACGCUUCCCCAUAUGCUGGGUGUUGCCGAGGAGUACACCGCACUGAUUGACGGUAUGGAUCCUGAGCCGGAGCGGCAUCAGAUCUUCGUAGACGUAGAACCGUACACCGGGACACCGCUGAACGGUGGCAAAAGGGUGCAGUUCAACAUGUUCCUGCGGCGGAUCGAUGCGAUCAAGCUGACCGACCGGUUGCAGCCGACCCUGUUUCCGGUGAUCUGGAUCGACGAAGGUAUCGCGCUGAACGAGGACAUGGUGAAGCUGAUCGACGACAGUCUGAUGAAGGUGCUCAGCCUGCUGGACGUGGUGCAGUGGGUGCUGAUCGGUGUGGGGCUACUGCUGGCCGUCCUAAUGCCAACGGUGUACUUCGUGAAACGGUGCCGGGGCGAGGGUAGCCGAACGGUUAGCCCGGCCGUUACGGCCACCACGAGUGCAGCCAGCCUUUCGACGGUGGCGGGCGUUACGGGUGAUCGAAGCAAAUGACGCACGUCGCUUACUAUGCUAAGUCUGGACUGAUGAAUCUAGCAGCGGCAGCCGCAGUUUUGGUAGCGGAGCCGCGAUCGGCAGCGAUCAACAUAUUAAAAAACAAAAGGUGCCAAUGAGAUAGGUGUCAGGUGCACCUGUGCGUAUGUGUGUGUAUGAACGAAUGUAUGUAGAAAUGCAUCCCUAGGAUCUACGAGAAUGCGACGAAUGCGUGUGACAUGAAUGUUUGAGCAAGGGAUUUUGGUACGAGCAAAAAAUCAUGCGCUUCCUGGCCCAACGCACAAAACUCAAGAGCCUGAAACUCCGAUGCCGUCCAUUAAUCAAAGGGGAUUUCUGGGUCGUGGGUCUUGUGGGUUGGUCGUGUUUAAGGUAACGAUCGAGUUUUACAAAUAGCUACCAAACCGACCAAUUGUACUUGCUUUCUUCUAUAUUUCGUUUCUGUUGUUCUUGUAAUGAAUGUGAUUUAUCGUAAGAACGUUAUAGUAAGCAGGAAAUAAAAACUAAAACCAUAUUUUUCAAUAAAAAUGCAAAAAACAUAACCAAA